AUAUAUAGACAAACCACUAAUAACUGCCUAUGAAUUCUUCAGCUAACAAUCUCCCUGUAGUCACCUCCCACUUCCCACUUUGGUCAAUUAAUUUGUAUCGACGGAGAAACAAAAUGGAAAGGAAGCCUAGUCUUGUAAUACUACUCCAUCUUAUUCUAUUAAUGGUUCUUCUUGUUUCAACCCAUGCAAGUAUAGCAGAGCCUCCAGCACCUCAGGCUCAACCUCCCAAUACUUUUCUUAUGUAUGGUAUCACUCCUGGUAGCCUCCAUCCUCAAGAGUGUGGAGCGAGGUGCAUAUACAGAUGUUCAAAGACAGCAUUCAAGAAACCAUGCAUGUUUUUCUGUCAAAAAUGCUGUGCGAAGUGCCUUUGUGUGCCUCCAGGAACCUAUGGAAACAAGCAAUUUUGCCCUUGCUACAAUAACUGGAAGACCAAGAGAGGAGGCCCUAAAUGUCCUUAAUUAAUUUUCCUCCUAAUUAAGUUCCUAAAUGGAUGUGUGCAUUCCUUAAUGUAGUCAUAAAUUCUGUUAGCCCAACAUAUGAUUGAAAGUCAUUAUCGAAAUGAAAUUGGUUCAUAGAUGAAUUCAGCAUUUAAACUUUGUGGAUUCAACCUAUGUUCUCUAUGUUUACCUA